GGUUUUGUGUAAAGAUUUGAGUUCAUCCUCCAAAGUGUUAAUGCCACGCUGUUGUUCUCUCUGUUCUUGGAGUUGCACUUGCAGAUCUGCAGGUGUUCUUGCGCAGGUUUCAGGAUGUAUCACCAGCCUGUGCUGAAGAACAGGCGCACACUGCUCGAGAGGGCAGAGAAAUUUACCUCAGAUAUUUAUUUCACAGACUGCAAUCUGAGAGGACGGCUUUAUGGAGACUCUUGCCCGCUGGAAUCCAUCACCUCCUUCCUCUCCUCUAAGCGGAUCACAUUCACGGAAGCUUCCAAGCAAAACUUUGCACCUUAUAAAGUUGGUGACACCUUUGGACCGACGUGGUGGACUUGCUGGUUUAAAGUGACCCUGGAAAUCCCGGAGUCCUGGAGAGGGAAAGAGGUUCAUCUUGUGUGGGAGAGCGAUGGAGAAGCUAUGGUUUGGAGAGAUGGACAGCCAGUUCAGGGCCUGACUAAAGAGGGCGAAAAGACGAGUUACAUCCUCUCUGAGUGUCUGAAAGAUGAAGAGCCUCACAGUGUCACUCUUUAUGUGGAAAUGGCCUGUAAUGGGCUUUUUGGAGCUGGUCAGGGGUCCAUGAUUGCAGCUCCAGACCCAAACCGAAAGUUUUCUGUGCAGAGAGCUGAGCUGGUGAUAUUUAACAGGGAUGUGAGGCAGCUGAUGACUGAUUUUGAGAUGCUGGUUGACAUUGUAAAGGAACUGGGAGAGGGAGAGCAACGAGGCUACCAGGCCCUUUUCACUGUCAAUGAGAUGGUGAACCUGUGUGACCCGUUUGAUCCCAGUUCGUUCUCCAAAGCCCACAGUCUGGCUCACAAGUUCUUCAGCCAGCGGAACGGAGAAAGCCAACACACUGUCCAUGCAAUGGGUCACUGCCACAUAGACUCAGCCUGGUUGUGGCCUUAUGAAGAGACCAUUCGCAAGUGUGGCCGAAGUUGGGUGACGGUGAUCCGUUUAAUGGAGAAGAACCCGGAGUUUGUCUUUACUUGUUCUCAGGCCCAGCAGUUCCAGUGGGUGAAGAGCUGGUACCCAGGGCUCUUCUCCCAGAUUCAGCAUUAUGUGAAGAAAGGCCAGUUUAUUCCGGUUGGAGGAACGUGGGUGGAAAUGGAUGGAAAUCUGCCAUCGGGUGAGUCCAUGGUUCGACAGUUCCUUGAGGGUCAGCGAUUCUUCAGCCAGGAGUUUGGGAUGCAUUGCAAAGAGUUCUGGCUCCCUGAUACGUUUGGCUAUUCCGCCCAGCUUCCUCAGAUAAUGCAGGGAUGUGGCAUCUCCAAUUUUUUGACACAGAAGCUCAGCUGGAAUUUGGUCAACACCUUUCCUCACAACACAUUUUUCUGGGAAGGUCUGGAUGGCUCCAAGGUCUUAACUCACUUCCCACCUGGAAAUUCCUACGAAAUGAAAGGGAAGAUUGAAGACCUGGUGAAAACUGUGAAGAAUAAUAAAGACAAAGGCAGAGCCAAUCACAGUGCUGCGCUCUUUGGUUUUGGAGAUGGGGGCGGUGGACCCACACAGCUGAUGCUAGACCGACUUCGUCUGGUUCAGGACACAGAUGGACUUCCAAGAGUCCGGAUGUCCAGUCCAGAUGAACUUUUCUCACAGCUUCAGGCUGACUCAGCUCUGCUGUGCACGUGGAGUGGAGAGCUCUUCCUAGAGCUGCACAAUGGUACCUACACCACACAGGCACAGAUCAAACAAGGGAACCGCCAGUGUGAGACGCUGCUUCAUGAUAUUGAGAUCGCCAGCAGCUUGGCACUGUGCCGAGACAGGACAUUUCUGUAUCCUGUGGACAAACUGCAAGAGCUCUGGAGGCUGCUUCUUCUAAACCAGUUUCAUGAUGUGAUUCCUGGCAGCUGCAUAGAGAUGGUUGUGGAGGACGCACUAAAGUAUUAUGAAGAUAUCCAUAGGGAUGGUGCUGUGCUUCUGCGUGAGGCAUGUGCAGCUUUGGGGUCAAAAGGAAACUCCACCGGUGUGUUCAACUCUCUGCCAUGGGAGCGCCAUGAAGUCAUCCAGAUUCAAGAUGGCACUGACAAACCUGGUCUCGCUCUGGUGAGAGUUCCCAGCAUCGGCGUGUCUCCUGUCAAAGAAACGCAGCCUGUGACUCCAGUCUCUGUCACUGUUCAGUCCGACGGCACCGUUCUCAUGGAGAAUGGGAUUUUGCAGACAGUCAUAAACAAAAAUGGCACAUUGGCAUCACUUCGUUUGAUCAGUGCAAACAGAGAAUCCCUCUCUGAUGGCUGUUGUGGGAACCAGUUUGUCAUGUUUGAUGAUGUUCCCCUGUACUGGGAUGCCUGGGAUGUGAUGGACUAUCACCUUCAGACAAGGAAGCCGGUGCUGGAGGUGGUGCAGCCUGUUCAUGUGGUGUCCUCAGGUGGACUUCGAGGCAGCGUCAGCUUCACCCUCAGGAUCAGUGAUAAAAGCACUGUCACUCAGGAGAUGGUUGUGGAUGCCAUGUGUCCUUACGUCAAGUUCAACACGGAGGUGCAGUGGGCAGAGUCCCACAAGUUUCUCAAAGUUGAGUUUCCUGUGCGAGUGCGCAGCCCCAAUGCAACGUAUGAGAUCCAGUUUGGUCAUCUGCAGAGGCCCACACACAGGAACACUUCAUGGGACUGGGCCAGAUUUGAGGUAUGGGGUCACAAAUGGGCUGAUUUGUCAGAGCACAACUUUGGAGUUGCACUGCUGAACGACUGCAAAUAUGGUUACUCCAUCCACCAGAACACAAUAACUCUGUCCCUGCUGAGAGCACCGAAGGCCCCAGAUGCCACUGCUGACAUGGGGACUCAUCAUUUCACGUAUGCUAUCAUGCCACACGCAAAAUCCUUCCAAGAUGCUUCUGUAAUCCAGUCUGCAUACAACCUCAAUUUCCCUCUGAGGUUGAUCCCGUGCAGCCCUGACACUGUGCCCUGGAGUGCAUUUUCUGUCAGCACUGAAUCCGUCAUACUUGAGACCAUUAAACAGACUGAGGGCGGAAAGGGGACACUUGUAGUGCGUCUGUAUGAGUCUCAUGGAAGCAGCGUCACUGCAACUCUGCACACCACCCUUCCAGUGAGGGAAGCCUGGCAUUGUGAUCUCUUGGAGAGGCCAGACCCCACCCAGCCGGCGUGUGUUACUUCAGAAGGAAUUACUCUGAAGUUCAGUCCCUUUCAAAUUGUGUCACUGCUGCUCAUAGUGUGACUGGAUAUGACAUUUAACCAAGUCUCAGGAAAGUGACAACGGUUCUAUGAAUAAAGUUAGUGGUUAGAAAUUGGUUGAUGAAAUCAUGGCUAGGAGUAUUUCCGCCUUGAAACUGCAGCAGACUGAUGACUGUCCCAAAAACAUGGAUUGGCUUCUAGGGUUGAUAUAUAACAAGACGAAAGAAUAAACUUGCCAAAUGGGGUUUUCUGUAUCAUUCCUCUUCAGAAUUGGUUCCCCCCUUUAGACAUGUACACUCAACAAAAAUAUAAACGCAACACUUUUGUUUUUGCUCCCAUUUUUUAUGAGAUGAACUCAAAGAUCUAAAACUUUUUCCACAUACACAAUAUCACCAUUUCUCUCAAAUAUUGUUCACAAAUCUGUCAAAAUCUGUGAUAGUGAGCACUUCUCCUUUGCUGAGAUAAUCCAUCCCACCUCACGGGUGUGCCAUAUCAAGAUGCUGAUUAGACACCAUGAUUAGUGCACAGGUGUGCCUUAGAACAAGCUGCUUUACUGCUAAAAUAAAUUUAUUUUAAGCAGUAAAUGUUCAGUACUGAAGUGUACAGAAUUGUUGGAAGGCCUAAAUUCUAUAAAAUUGUGUAAAAAUAAGUCAACAAUCCACCAGAAAUUUAUGUGCACAGUGCAUUAAGCAAAGUUUUUGAUUUAAUUUGAAGAAUUCUGGCUGAAGACAAAAGACGUCCGUUUACAUGAGUGUUUACUAUGAACACACGGCAGAUGCACACUUACCUAAAAUCUUGAUGGUGCUCCACAGAUAGAAGAAAAAAAAACUGACCGAUUGUGCAUUUCCUCCAGACUACCAAAUAUGAUGAAGAGGAUACGCCGAUCCGUUAGUUGUUAAAGACUACCUUCAAAAAGUGUAAUGGUAUAAUUUAGGUAUACCUAAUUUAUAACUUAGGUAUAGGUUCUUUGGCUUGUAACAUGACAUUGUACAAUUAAAUUUAACAUGUUUAAUCCCACUGCACUGAUACUGUAAAAUUCAACAUAAUUGUUAUUUUUAAAUUAAUCAACCAUAAACUACUACAGAGCUCCCUGAAUUCAAGUUAGUACAUGUAAUUUGUAUGUGUAUGUUAUAAUUACAUGUAUGCAUUGCAAAUGGGUGUCAACAUGUCAUUACACUUUUUGAAGGUAGUCACCUUUAACAACUAACAUUUCAAAAGAACAAAACAUACAUAAUACUACCAUUGGAAUGACUACUAAUACUUGUAUCCCAGUUUAAAGUACUGAAAAGCAAAAAACGAUUUUGACAUUACCCAUGCCAUUUUGAGUAAGAAUAUCUCAGCAACUACAAAUAUAACCCUGCUGCUUUUUUGUACAGUGAUGGAAGACAGAUGGAACUGUCUUGUUGAAAAAAUUUGGGGUCUCUGGUACCUGUCCCACACUGAGAUUUUAGCCACCAAAAAUAGCCAAAUAAAAAUCUCGUCCAACUUUAGGAGCUCAUAUUUUCCAAACUGAGGUACCUAGAAAGCUCCAGUUUGCUAAGUUAUCACACACGUUUGUGUAGAAUGGAACCCAGGGGUGUUAGAACACUUCUGUGCAGUAUUUCUAGUACUUUUAAUGUCCCAAACCCCACUUGUGAGUAGGUAUCUCUUAAUUUUCAGCAUUUUUAGCAACCCCCCAUGGCCUGCAGAGUGUAGGGAAACACCUGAGGAUGUUUGUGGGGCACUAGUUACAUGCAGAGGCCUUGUUUACCAACUCACAGCUCUCUGGUAUGUCUAGAGGCUGAGAAAUAACCACUUAAAGAUGCAAAAAACGCUGGCGAGGCUUUUUAUAGCCCAAAUUCUGAAAAUUUCAGACCCCCACAACUCAGAAACUAUUUGAGCUACAGGCCUACAAUUUUGCAUAGAAAGUACUUUUGUGACUAUCUAAUGGCAUGCAAAUAUACAACUAAUUUGAAAAUGGGGCAGCAACCACCAUCUGGUGAAACCACACGGAAUGACCCCAGUACUUUACUGGGGAAAUCCCCUGUGACACAGUCCCAGUAGUCCAUUUCAUGCAGCAGGGGCCAGAAUAGCCCUGCGUUACCUUAUGUCAAAAAUGUGAUUAAUUUGCAUCAAAUCAAUAAACACCUUUGUACAAACA